UCGCUACACCCCGCCCGUAAAAAAAAAACUCCAUGUUGUAAGCAAGAAGUCGUAUAAUUUUAUUGUCUUAGAGUGGGUGCUGGCCUUAUUAACAAACGCCUGCCCUGUUCGGCUUUCCUUUUAACUCUUCAACUUUUCUCAACCACCGCCGUACGGUGAACCCAUAUUUAACACCAAACAAAUCUAAGACGCCUUCGCGCGAUUAACUAUUCGACUGCCAAUGCAUCAGCAAACCGAUUCCGACAGUUUCUCUUCGUCACUAGUCCGCAGCCAGAUGCUCACUCCGACCCUUCAGCCAGCGCAUCCCGAUUACCUUUGCGAAGCACGCGCUGACGCCGAGCGACGACGUGGCUCCCGCCUACCUUGAAUAGGGGCGGGUUGAAAGAGUCACAUCGACGGACGACUUCAUUUUAUUAUUACUUAAUUACUCAAUUAAUUAAAUAUCAUCCGGGAAACAAAACAUCUUCACCAUGUUACCUCCCGCCGUUCCAGCCCUUAGCACCGUUCGCGGGUUCGCGCACACCCCAAUAAUAUCCGGCGACGACGAUUCGGAUUAUUGCCAGACGCCACCUUUGUCUGCGCGACGUGGCCGCACCCCCCGUCUUGAUGAUGUUGUCAGCGCCAACUGUAGCCCCGUACUUCGUGGUCAUAACUCUCCUGCUAUCAGCGGCAUCGCUAAGCUGCGUAUGCAAUUGGAGCCCCUUAGUCUAGGCGACUCUCGCUCCAGCUCUAUGGUUCGGACUCGAAGCAAUAGUCGCCGUCGCUACAUGAGUGGAGCCACCAGCCAAAUGGGUCGCAGUGACGACGAAAUCUCAGAGGGAGGAUCAACCAGUUACGAAGUCCAGUUAGAGCAUGACUUCGUGAGUGAAAGCGUGCAAGAGAAGAAAUAUGGUGCGAUUGAAGGUGGGCUAGUGCCCCGAAAGAUAGAGGCCGACGACUUCGAGACAUUGCGUUGUCUUGGAAAGGGCACAUACGGGACCGUCUUACUAGUUAAGCAGCGUGCUACAGGCCGGCUUUACGCGCAGAAGCAGUUCAAAAAGGCUUCAGUUGUCGUGCACAAGAAACUUAUCGAGCAAACAAAGACAGAAAGGCAAAUACUCGAAUCCGUCAACAGACACCCCUUCGUUGUCAAGCUAUUUUACGCUUUCCAGGAUCAAGAAAAGCUAUACCUUAUCCUCGAGUAUGGGCAGGGCGGAGAACUAUUUACUCACCUCAAUACUGAAAAGAUGUUCCCCGAGCCAGUUGCCGCCUUCUACAUGGCAGAAAUGGUCCUGGCUCUAUCUCACCUUCACGAUACGCUCGGUGUAGUUUAUAGAGAUCUAAAGCCAGAAAACUGCCUCUUAGACGCACAAGGUCAUCUCCUGCUGACAGACUUUGGCUUGUCCAAGGUAGCGGUGGAUGAUGAUAGCUGUAAGUCUAUACUUGGAACAGUCGAAUACAUGGCUCCGGAGGUUGUCUUGGGUCAGAAAUACGGCAAGGCCGUCGAUUGGUGGUCGUUUGGUGCGCUGGGUUACGACCUUAUGACGGGUAACCCACCUUUCCGCGGCGGCAAUCACGCCAAGAUUCAGAACAACAUCGUCAAGCAGAAGCUUGUCUUGCCGUACUUCCUAGGGCCCGACGCCAAGGAUCUAUUAACAAGAUUUUUAAGGAAAGAUCCUGCGAAGCGUCUUGGUUCGAACAUGCCCAAAGACCUCCUAGUCAUCAAGAAGCAUAGGUUCUUCCGGAAGAUUGAUUGGAAGAAGCUUGCGGCCAGGGAAAUAGAGCCACCAAUUCAGCCGAUGAUCACGGACCCUGAGCUCGCGGAGAAUUUUGCUCCCGAGUUCACCGAGUUGCCUCUAAGCCCUAUCUUGGCCAAGUGUCCUUUGGAUGAUAUACCACUAAAGGAUAGCUUAAAGGAAGAUCCCUUUGGCGGAUUCAGCUAUGUAGCUUCCAGCAGCCUGCUAGAUGAUCAUGCGUUUAUGUUUGCCCAAGCGUAAGCAUUCUCAGCAAGACGCAUAACUUCGAGUGCAAACAGAACGGGGGGCGUUAUAGAAGAGAUUGCGAUUUGAAGCCAGCUUGUAUGCUGCUUGACUAACAGAAAGAAUAGAGGGGAUGAGUUUUGAAGGCGAGGGUUUAGCAUCACAGUUUUAGACAGGUGGUUAACAAAUUCGAAGUGGGAAUGGCGUUCAGGAGGCCUCAAUUAGACGACAACAAUUGAUCCUUGUUUGCUUACCAUUGGUGACAGGGUCUACGUGAUGAUACAACUAACGAGGGUAUUGCUACGACAGGAAAAACAACUAUUGCAAAUUAACAUAUUCGUUAGUAACCGAAAACGACCAAUUCAUUUAAGAGUCAUUUAAGAGAUACGCAAGCGCACAGCUCCGAAUACGACACCGCUAAAGUCUGUAGUGAAUCAAACCGCCUUCACGUCGCCCAAAUAUAUGAUUUGAAAGGU